GCCACGGAGGAAGACGUUGCACCUCUUCAGGUACCCGCAUGACACGACCAUGUUGACGUGGGCGUUCGGAGUAGGAGGGGGUUUCCACGGCAGCAGGAGUUAUGGCGACAGCCAUUCAAGCAGUCUGGAUGCUUUCAUUUGAAUUUAACAAGUGAUAGGCGCUCUCGGGCCAUUUAGCCGGGCAGUCAUGUCAUCCUACAGUGGCUCACCUGUCAGAGGGAAAUCUUGAGGCAAACCACGCCAGGAUGGAGUGGGAUUCAGAAGAUGAUGGUGUGGGUGUAUUGCAGGAUGGGCACUCUUUUGGAUCUGAUUCUCCCGAUUCAAAGCCAACAACGAGCAGCAUCUCGGAGAAUGAAUUCUCGUGCCACUGUUGCUAUGAUAUCUUAGUCAACCCCACUACCUUGACCUGUGGCCACAACUUCUGCCGCCACUGUCUGGCUCUGUGGUGGGAGUCCUCCCACAAGAACGAAUGUCCAGAGUGUCGGGAGAAGUGGGAAGGCUUUCCUAAAAUCAACAUUCUGCUGAGGGAUGCAACUGACAAGCUAUUCAGUGAGGUCGUACAGCGAAGGAGAGCAGAAAUCCAGGCAAAUCCCAAAAUCUCCCGAAGUUUGCUUGCCUUUCAAAGAUAUGGUGACAACUUGGGGAGAUCCAAGACAAACCAGCAUAAAGGAGCAGGCUUCUUCUUCUCUGGAGUCUUGACUGCGCUCACGUGUGUUGCUGUGAUGGUGCUGGUGUAUCACUGGGGCAGCGGCGUGAUGGAACAACACGAGCUGUUGAUCAGUAAACCCGUGUCUCACUGGACUCCAGAGGAGGUCGUGUCCUGGCUGGAACACCUGGGUCCAUGGACCGAGCUCUACAGAGAACCCUUCCACAAGGAGAAUGUUAACGGAAGGCUGCUGUUGAUGCUGGGGGAUGAGGAGCUGUUGAACUCGCCUUACAGCAUAGAGAAUCAGGCUCACAGACGAGCCGUUUUGGCCGAACUGGACAGAGUUAAGACUCUGGGGGUCAAGCCUCCACAGAAUCUCUGGGAAUACAAAGCUGCAAAUGCAGGAAAGGCUCUGUUCUUGCUGUACGCUCUGAAGCGCUCCCCUCGCCUCACAAUCUUUUAUUUGUAUUUAUUUGACUACUCGGAGACCUUUCUUCCCUUCCUGCACACCUGCUGUCCGGUCGUCUCCCACGUGGCCAAGUCGGAGAGCAGAUUCCUCAACUCACAGCUGGAGCCCAGCUGGCGGCAGUGGGCGGAGUUCCUUGUGAAAUACUGCGUGCUUCCUUACCAGCUGAUCGCAGAAUUUGCUUGGGACUGGUUGGCCGUCCACUACUGGACGUCCCGCUUCAUCAUAGUCAACGCCAUGCUGCUCUCCGUGCUGGAGGGCUGUGCGCUAUGGAGGCUCUGGACGACGGCCAGGAUCAGGACUUUGCCACAAAAGAUGUGGAACCACUUUUGGAAGAUGCUCUCUCAGGGAUUCGCCUUCGCCCUCCUGUGGCCUUUCGUCCCACAGUUUGUGUGCAACUGCCUCUUCUACUGGGCUCUGUACUUCAGCCCCAUCAUCAACAUAGACCUGGUGGUGCAGCAGCUGAUGCACCCGGAAACGCAGGCGCCGUGACCAGCCGCAUGGAGUCAGCGCCUCAUGUAUGCCCACACACUUCCCAGCAAACUGUACAUUCUGAAGUGUUGAUUUUUUUCGGCAAUAAACGUACACAAGACCGACUUUGUUUGCUGACGGCAAGGACGUUUUCUUGCUUUCUGACUUCUCUCUUUGCUCUUUGUUGAAAAAGAGAGGCACCCAGCUGUUGUGGGAGAAAUGAUACCAAGGAGACGAGUCACCCAGAAAUACCAUUUCGUAGUGAUCCCUUGGUUUCCAUCGUAUAUCUACAAGCCACAAUGCCUAAGUGAUCCAGGAUUAUGCAAACAAGUCAGAAUAAACGCAGCCAGAGCAGCCAGAAAGACUGGCCUCAUUAGCUACUGCCAAUAGCUCAGUAGCUCUGACAUGGCUUUGCUUUAGUAGGAGAGUAUUCAGCUUCUGGAUAUGAAACGAGGAGGUUAACAUCAAAUUGAUUUCUUUUUCUUUUUUUUCCUUCUGUUUUUUGUAUGAUCCAAAAUUAAUUGAAUGAGCAGCUGAUUGAGAAAUGACCAGUACGGUAUAGAAAUCCUAGCCACUUCAACAAACUCUUGAAGUUGAAACAUCGUAACUUUGUGGUUUGCAGUUGAGCAGCUGUUUGUAAAGCUCAGGCUUUAGUGCCUGUUGGCUAGUUCUGGAGCUGUUUGCACCAAGAUAGACAACACUGAUCAGGAAAAAAAGAGAAAGGAAAAAUUAAGUUCCUAUUAUUUGUUAUGAGCCUUGAGCAGAUAAUCUGAUUUUUUUUUACUUAUUUGUACUGCUUCCAAAUACUGUGUUGCACAUUUUUUACUCUACAGAAACAAUUUGUUGCAGUACGCUUUCCAUUAGGUAAUCAAGUUUUUUUUAAAGUUUUUUUUUAAGCAUUGUUCAUUUGCACUUAAAAAAAAUGUACACUGUGAUGUUCUUCUGUGUUCUUCAAUGAAAAAAAAUGAAUAAAUAAAGCUG